AUGGCGGAUAUGGAGAAAAUUGAAAUCAGGGACGUUACCCGUAUCGAACGUAUCGGCGCUCAUUCGCACAUCCGUGGUCUUGGGUUGGACGAUGUGCUCGAGGCACGUACCGUUUCACAGGGCAUGGUGGGCCAGAAGGAAGCUCGCCGUGCCGCCGGUAUAGUGGUUCAAAUGGUACGGGAAGGUAAAAUCGCGGGCCGCUGUAUUUUGCUGGCAGGAGAACCUAGCACAGGCAAGACGGCUAUCGCCGUCGGAAUGGCGCAGGCGCUUGGAAAUGAAACACCCUUCACCAGUAUGUCCGGCUCGGAAAUUUACUCACUGGAAAUGAACAAAACCGAGGCCCUGUCGCAGGCCCUUCGCAAAAGCAUUGGCUUACGCAUCAAAGAGGAGACAGAAAUUAUCGAGGGAGAGGUGGUGGAGAUUCAGAUUGAUCGCCCGGCUACGGGCACCGGCCAGAAGGUGGGCAAAGUUACGAUGAAAACGACCGACAUGGAGACCACGGUUCCUUACACGGAGAAAGAGAUCAAGGAAAUCCUGAAGAUUCGCUGCGAAGAGGAGGACUGUCAGAUCAACAACGACGCGCUGAUGGUGCUUGGCCGCAUUGCUACAGAAACGAGCUUGCGGUACGCAAUUCAAUCCAUCACGACGGCCAGUUUGGUGAGCAAGCGCAGGAAGGCGGCCGAUAUUACAGUCGAAGACAUCCGGAAGGUGUACUCGUUGUUCCUGGACGAGAAGCGAUCGAGCAAGAUCCUGAAGGAAUAUCAAGACGAGUACCUGUUUUACGACGACAGUGUACCCAAGCAAGCUUCGGAGAAUCCGCAGGCGCAGGCGAUGGAAGUUGAAGGCAAUUAAACGCCCACAUGAACAACUAUGAUUCAGCACGAAACGUAUUAAUGGCUAAUGCCGCACAACAUUGAGGACAACAAGCUUCAUUCUAGCUCGCGUGAAGAAAGAGCCCAUAGCAUGUGUAGGUGGUAAUUGAUAUGUUUUAAACAAAUUCCUUACAAAUCUUUGAAAACUUCUGCUACAGUUAAUUUCUUUCCGUAUGCAUGUGUAGGCGUAUCGCCGAAAACGUCGUUU